AUGUCUUCAUCGGGAUCCGAUUCACCAUCUGAAAAUCCAGUUCCGACUCCUUUGACACCACCUGCAACCUCGGCAGAGGUCUCUGCCCAGGCAGACGUAGUCGCAGCAUCGCCUGUCAUCUGCAGUUCUUCAGAUUCGUCAUCGUUGGUGAGCGCAGGAGAGGUCACCGUGACCACGCGGUCGACUUCGCCACCGGUGGAGUCGGCCCCAGUCACCUUCGGUGUGGGGUCGCCUUUAUUCGUGACAGCUGUCCGUGUCGCUCCAAAUGAUUUCUAUAUGAUCCCACCGAAGGAUCCCUUCGACGGCCGUCCUCCCAUGAGCGUAUCAUUCGAUGAUGUGGUGGCGUUGUCUUGCCGUGUCAAGGCCUGUGAGGGUCGAUUUUCCCCGAUGUCUGCGUCACCACAUUACUGGUCGCUCCGAUGUGAGCACUUGCAACGGUAG